AUGGCUACACUGGUAGAAGGACGGGAAUACGGUCUCGCUUCAAAUGAUUUAUCUCAAGAAAAUAAAACAAUAGUUCACUUUAAGUUAACAGACACAGCUUUAAAAACAUUGGAAGAUUUCUCCAAAAAUUCAAGAGCAACAAUACAGUUUCAUGGAAGUGAAGGGGUGAUCAAAAUCCCAAGCCAUGGUAAUCGACCAGAACAAGUCUUUCAGAUUUCUUUAUCAGCAUUGCCAGUAGAUCAUAAUUCCAGCCUUGACUGCAUACAGCAGAUGUCCAAGCAUGGCGAAAGUAGCCUUUUCAGUCUGGGCACCAUGCAGAACAGGAUCACCGUGCUUGCCAAGGAGGAUGUCUUUGACCGCACAAAAGCCAAAAUGACCAAGGUGGAGGAGGACAACAAAAAAGUCUGUACUAAAGAGAUCAAGCCAAGUGGCCGUCACAUAAGUAAGAAGGUGAAGAAAAUUAUUCCAGCUGCUAGCCUAAAGUAUCCCCAGCUUGUGAAAAAACCCAGCGUAGUUUCUCUCAAUGGCAGCCCUGCUGCUGCUGCUGCUGCUGCAAACAGAGUGCAGACGUACAGAGACUCUCCGUCACCAUCUAGUCUGUCUUCCUCCAGUAGUUCACUUUUAUCUCAGGGACAGAACAAACUUUCGCCAUCCGCCAGCUCCAACAUACCAGCUUCAAAACUGUCCACCACUACCACAUCACGGGUUUUAACUUCCUUUGCUGCAAAACAGACCUCUGGCAGUAUUAACAUGCCGUACAGGGAUAGGAUCAUACACCUGCUGGCCCUCAAGCCUUACAAGAAACCAGAACUGCUGCUGAGGCUGCAGAAAG